UUUUUUUUGCAGCUUAUUAGCUAUUUUCAGUUAAAUACAAACAAUAAUAUCUUUUAUUUUGAAAAAAAAAAAUCUACUAUUUUUCCUAAAAAUGGCAGCCUUCCUUCAUGUCGUAAGCUUUUCGUUUGUAAUGUGAUGGAAAGUUUUUAUUAACUAUUUAUGGGUAACAUAUAAUGAUUUUGAAGCAAUACAGAUGGUUUGCUUGCUACAUCAAGUAAAUAAAUAACUAUCAGAUGGUGUAAGUUAAGGACUUUGUAUUCCAAUUAUGUACUACGUGGUUAGAUUUUUAGAAAAAAAUCUAAUAAAUGUUAUUCGUCUAAAUGUCGACUAUCAACAUUCUAAAGCAAAAUUGUCAGUUCAUUGAUGUUUAUGGUGCAUAGAUUUUAAUUAUAUUAUUUUAUUUUUAGGUGGGGUAGCCUUUGAACAAACUGUGUAUGGUAAUGUGUAACGGAUCGAACGAAAUCGAAAUUAAAAUAGUUCUGUUAUAUCAUUGAAAAAUUAAGGUAAUAUGAGCGCUGGUAGUACAAGUGUGGAGCGCGAGUUGGCGAGCACUCGGCGUCUACUAUGGGGCGAGCAUGUGAAAGAAGACGUGUUUCGGCGAUGGGCACAAGGAUUUCAGUUCAGCCCUGACGAACCUAGCGCGCUCAUCCAACAGGAGGGUGGGCCCUGUGCUGCUAUUGCGCCUGUUCAAGGCUUCUUGCUCAAAAUCCUAUUGUCAGAGACACCAGGACACAGUUUUCAGGACUUGACUUCAGAGAAGUGCAACUCUCUUCUUGUUAGGGCUGUGUGUACAAUAUUAAGCCAGUGUCUAGCUCCUAAGUACAAUGUGGCUGUGCAUCGUAAAACUGAAACAGAUGCUGAGAGUAGCAGUGGCCACAAUGUCAGUGUCGAAGAACAGUCAUGUGAUUCUAUAGAACAGUUCCAUCGACGGAUUGAAGUGCAUCCUUUUCAAACAUUGUCUGAAGUGGAAGCCUUUUAUACAAGAAAUAUUAGAAUUCUGAAAGACAAAUAUGGUGUCCUGUUACUUCUAUAUAGUGUGAUACUUAGCAAGGGAGUUAGCACAGUAGAAACCGAACUUGCUGAACUUUCUGACCCUCUAAUCCACUCUACAUACGGGUACGGUUCUCAAGGCCUUAUCAACUUGAUGUUAACAGGACGUGCAGUGGCUCAUGUUUGGGAUCAUGACCAAGUAGUCGGAGGGCUACGGCUGAGAGGAAUAGAGAGACAAAAUGAUAUUGGUUUUUUAACGAUAAUGGAGCAUAUGCAGUAUUGUACUGUUGGUUCAUUUUACAAAAACCCAAAGCACCCUGUCUGGGUGCUUGCAUCAGAAACACAUUUAACUGUCCUAUUUUCUUUGGAGAGAAGGUUGGCUGCACCAGAAACAGCAGGAGAGUCUGCAGAACGUAUCUUUCGUUCAUUUGAUCCUGAGGGUAAUAAUUUUAUUCCAUCUGCUGCACUUCAAGAUGUGUUAUGUGCAGCAGAUCUUGUGAGUGAACCUGAAUAUGUUGAAUUGAUGAGAAGAAAAUUAGACUCUGAAAAUUUGGGUAUAAUAUUACUAAGUGCUUUCAUGGAUGAAUUCUUUCCUGGUUGUGAGAGGGGUGCCCCUGACACAUUUACAUUGCAUCAUUAUAAUGGACUAUCUCGCAGCAAUCCCGGUGGCAGAGUAGUUUACCGCACAGGUCGUGCGGCCCUUUUGGAAUGUCCAAUGCGAGCUGCCAGUACUGACCCCAUGCUCACAUGCCUACAGACCAAGUGGCCCAGUAUUGACGUUGUGUGGGAUGAUGGCCACUCUCCAUCACUUAAUUAACAUUGACAUUACCCCAUGAAUGACCUUAGACUUUAAACUUGAAUGUGACAUAGUGAAGAAGUAUUGCGUCAUACAUUGUAUAUGUCUAAAACAUGUCAUAAAAUUCCAUUACUUUAUUGUAUAAUAUAAAUUUGUAUUGGACAUUGCGGUUUCCCCAACGGACAACCUCGCACUGGUAUGAGCAGCUAUUUUGCAUAAAAUCAUUAACUGUAAAGUGACUUAGUGUCAUGUUACAUUAUUGUAAUAAUAAUAUAGCGUUAACUCAGUUAAUUAGAAUAGCUCCAAGCUACCUGUGCUAACAGACUGAUCUGAUAAAUAGAGCAAUAAGCUUAAUGCAAAAUGUAUGAAUAUGAGAUCUUUAUUUUUUUCAGUGUUAAAAUUACAUAGAUUGAAUUUAUUACCAUAUGAGGAUCUUGUAUAGAAAUACAAAUUAUUGUAUUGCAUGCAGUUUGAUGGGUAGGCAAUGUUACAAACAGACUGCAAUUACCAAACAGAUCUCCUUGUAUUGUGUGCCUAACAAAACACCACUUUAUGUAUAAAAUUGUUUAAGCAAAUGUUACUAA